AUGGACGACGACGACGGCGAUGUGCCGAUGAACGGAGGAGGAAGGCCUGACGGAGAGGAGAGCGACGGCGACGAAAACGAUGAGGAGGAGCCGGUGGCGGAGCUGGUGCCACUCGGGGGAGGAACUCGUCGGGUGCCGCGAACCCCGAGAAGGAAGAACUCGUCCAAGUGCGGAUUCCUUGGUGAGUCGUCCGGCCCGGCCUGUGCUUGUUUGUUCUCUUCUCUAUCCAUACCGAAAUACCGUCUUCGUCUUCUCUUCGCCUUCUUCCGCCUCGCUUUUGUUUGUUUGAACAGCUUGAUUUGGCUUUUGGAGGCACAGACACUCACGGAUCUGUCUUGUGUUUGAAAACCGAGAAAACAGCUGAUAGAUUCGAAAGCUGAAAAAUGGGGAAAGGCCUUGAUGAGAGGGACUGUAAUCUACAACCCAUCAGAAACGUGCAAUUUUCGAUCGCUUUCUCUCAUUCUCUUUACAAUUUCCACUGUCUAAUUGUUCAAUUCGCAUGCAAAUUGCCACCCUCCACGUAUUGGGUUGUUGUUUGUGUGUGACGGAAACGUUGGAAAUCAGAAGAGAUUAAUUGAAAGUUGCCCCCGUGUGACUACCAUAUUUUGACUCUCUUCUUCGUCUUCUCCUUCUCUUCUUUUCUCUUCCGUCCGGAAAUUUCUACCAAAGAAGACAAUGAAUGAUGAAUGUGAGAUGACGUCGGAAGAGGGAAACGUAGAUUUGAACAGUACUAUUACUCGUUUUCUGAUUGAUUCAGUACUGACUUUAGUAGACAGGGGCAAUAGAAGAAGAAAGGGUAGUAAACACAUUGUCUUUUUCUUUUUGCCCGAACGGAACCGAUUUAUUGAACUGGUCUGUUUUGAAGAGAAGAAAGCGUUUUAUGACUGACAUUAGGCGAUCAUUAGAAUACGUUAUUUCUGGAAUAAUCGAGCGUUUACUGUAUGUAAGAAUUGGUCUACAAUAUAGGUAAACUUUUGAUUUUUCUCAUUCGAAAGUCCCGCGAAAAGUGAAAUAAGAAAUGGCGCGUAAAAAGGGAAUGAUGCAAAAAGUGCUCUAGAAUGUUCGCGCGGAAUCUCACCGCGACUCGAAAAAUCUUUUCAAAAAUGACGCAAAUGUGUAAACUUGAUUCACGCACUUUUGCAUCACUUUCCGCCAAUAUUAUACCGCCUAGCGAAUAGAGAAUUAGAAGCAUCAUCAUGGCUAUUAGAAGAAUUAGAAGAAGUGAGAGAAUUCAGAAGGUGUCGAGAAAAAUCAAAGGUAAAUCGGACUGUUUUUGAGAAGAGAUCUUUCCUCAUGAAUAUUUGAUCUAUUCUUACAUUUAAUCAAUGUAAAAUUUUUACAGACUACUACAAGUUAACGGACGAGCACCUGGGCGCCGGGGCCUACGGCUCUGUGACAACCUGCAAGAACAUCGUCUCCGGAGAGGAGUUCGCUGUCAAGAUCGUCGACAAACAAGGCGAGAAGCACUCCCGCAAGCGCAUCAUUCGCGAGGUCAACAUCUUCAACACGUGCAAGGGACAUCCAAACAUCGUCCAACUCGUCGACUGGUUCGAGGACGACACCAGCUUCUAUCUAGUGAUGGAGAAGAUCCGCGGUGGUCCGCUGCUCCAGCACAUCCUGCAACACGGCUACUUCACCGAAGAGGAGGCGCGUCGUGUCACCAAGGACAUUGCCUCGGCUCUCAAGUUCAUGCACGAUCUUGGAAUAGCGCAUCGCGACGUGAAGCCCGAGAACAUUCUGUGCACGGAUCCGCAUCAGGUCUCGCCGGUCAAACUGUGCGAUCUCGAUCUGGCGAGCCAGCGUCCGCCGCACAGCGAAAGUCAUCAGCUGAGCCAGGUGGCUUCCGAGCCCGACCUGGCCUCUCCGGUCGGAUCGGCCGAGUUCAUGGCGCCGGAAGUGGUGGACGCGUUCGUCGGCGAUGCUCUCAAGUACGACAAGAAGUGUGACACGUGGAGUCUCGGAGUCAUCCUCUACAUCAUGCUCGCCGGAUACGCUCCCUUCCAGGGAGAGUGCGACGAUCAAGAGUGCGGGUUAGUUGUGCCACAUUUCAGUUCGGAACGUCUAAGUGAACGGUUUCUCCAGAUGGUCCGAAGGUCAACCGUGCGAGGACUGCCAACAGGACCUCUUCCGUCGCAUCCAGAACGGUUCCUACGAUCUUCCGAUCGAGGAGUGGGGAAUGAUCUCCAAGGACGCAAAAGAUCUCGUGUCCAACCUUCUGCGACGUGACCCGAUCAAAAGGUUUGUGAGCGUCCACUCUCUCUUCUCUUCUCUACCGCCUUUCCGCUCAUUCCCUGUUGACACUCGUGGCCUAGUUGGUUGCGAGCGCGUCUGUUACCCUUCGGACCGCUAGUUCGUUUCCUUCUUAUCCUGCACUCAGUUUGAUUAGUGGCUGUGAUGCCCGGAAAGGGAGGAGAAAGCAUCAUGAGGGAAUUCUAAUGCUCGACAUCUUCAGAAGACGUGGAGUUUAGCUGACUUCAAACAAUUUUGUUAUUCUUUCCAGAUUCAACGCCGAUCAGAUCCUUUCGCAUCCUUGGCUCCAACAGUCGGCUCCGUCCACCAAGCUUCAAACUCCGUCGAAUCUGGUCUACCGUAAGGAUUCAGCACGCGAUGUGCAGCAGAUGUCGGAGCACUUCAACCUGAUGAACCGUCUGACCGACGCUCGUCUCUCCGCGAGAUUCGACAAGAAGCUGCCUACGAGCGAUUCUGGACACGAAUUGGGAACUGCUAAGAUUCAGUGAGUUGCAUGAUACAUGAAGCGACUUCGAAACGUUUAUCAUUUUCAGUGAUGGCUCGUUUCUGCUCGUCGGCGGUGAACCAUUCCAACGCAAACGAUCACUCGGGAUCGACAUUGAAAGGUCACCGUCUGGAGAGUUCACCCCUCCGAUCAGCCGUGCUUCCCCGACCACUCCGCCCCCGUCGAUGAUCGAUCUGACCCAGGACACCCCCAUGCGCCAGUCCGCCGACGACUCUGGAACCUUCUCGCUCUUCUCGCCGGCCUCGCAAAACGGAGACUCCCUUCCGCCGAUGUUCGUUGACAUACCGCCCAUCCAACUUUUCGGAACUGACAUCGUGCUCAAUUCGGUCCAGAUGACACCCCGAAUCACCACCGAAGACGAGGUGUCGUUGAAGUCUUUUGAGGAUGAGCAGGAGGUUGGUGGUCUCGAGGGUCUCGGCACGAAUACCGUAGUUUGUUUGCAGAACGCGAAGCCAAUCCGUCGCAUCGAGACCCAAGUCAACGUCUGA